AUGGACGUCACAAUUGCCAAAGUCAUCGCCAUCUUCAUUCUUUUCUUUAUUACGCUGCUGCUGGGCAUAAUUCCGUACUUCAUCAUUAAAAAGAAAUGGGGUGCCAACGCAUCUGCUCGAAGGGAAAAGGUCCUGAGUCUGAUGAAUUGCUUCGCAGGGGGCGUGUUUCUUGGCACGUGUCUGCUUCAUCUGAUGAUUGAGGGCAAGGAGGAUUUGGAACAGGGACUUACUAACGCCUACAACUUCACCGGCUUCCCGAUGUUCGAGACGCUCACUGGUGCCGGAUUUUUCCUCAUCGCCGGAGUGGAACAGUUAGCCAUGCUGUUUAUGACGGGAGUGGUUGUGACGUCACUUCCGUUGAGCCAGGCAAAACCUGCACCGUACAACGAAAUGAACAAAAUGGGUCGCAGCAUAUCCUCGGCGUCCUGUGUCAAUGAACAGGAAGGGUCUAUAACCCACGCUCACGACCUGGAGGCACUCUCUGCCGCGUCUGGACUCAGUGCGUUCUUGGUGCUGAUCGCGCUGUCCUUCCAUACAAUAUUUGACGGUUUAGCAGUGGGGCUGCAGGGGGAAGCGACAGAAGUAUGGGAGGUCUUCAUUGCCAUCUCGAUUCACAAAAGUCUAGUUGCCUUUUGUCUUGGUCUUCAGCUUUUCAGAGCCUUUGCGCCGUACUUUAAGAAACCCUUCGCGUGUCUCUGCUUCUUUUCCUUGAUGUCGCCAAUCGGAAUAUGCAUAGGCAUAGCUGUGACGUCUUCCAACCUUGACCUUGACGCACAGUCAAUGGCGUCGGGGGUUCUUCAGGGUAUUGCGUGUGGGACGUUCCUCUACGUCACGUGUUUUGAAAUACUAAGAGACGCAUUCGGCCAUGGUAAAGGCGUGAUGAAUGUCUUUGUUGCAUUGGUGGGCUUCGCAGCAAUGGCGGGCGUGAAGGCUCUUGAUCACGACUGAAGGCAGAGUGUAAAAAGUUUAAAAAGGAGAAAUGACGCUUCACUUAAAUCGACAAACAAGCAAUGUCUUGAGACCUAUGGCUAUGCUUCGUUUGAAAAGUUUCUCACUUACGUCAUAUUGUUUUUGUGAUAUCAGGAACCUACCCUCAAGAAUAAUAACGAUCUACCUAACACAAACCGGUUAUUAAUAUUAUGAGCAAGGAUGCAUGAUUCCAGGGUAAUCUGACACGCAAUUAACUAAUUCACAGAAUGUGACUACCCGAUCCAUUCAGGGACUCGUACGUCGAGUAUAAAUUGGAGAGCAAACCCGGUCCUGAUAAUCAGUCUGUCGAUCGUUAUCUGUUAGUGAAAUGGUUUUGAUUUAGAUCGAGUGCGUGCAUAAUAGAAUAUACAUAUGUGCUUGAUAACGGUUUAGCUAAAUAGAGCUAGAGAGACACAACCAUGAAAUAAGAGAUAAAACGAGGCGAUGUGCUUGCAAAACCGACACAAGCUUUAAAAAAGGGUCCCCGUAUAUCAGUGAACGAAAACUGUGUACCACGCAGGUCAGUACUAAGUGUAAAGCCUGAACAGGAGACAUCAGUGUGUUAUAA